AAGUACAGAGAGAAACUAACUGUUUCGUAGACUUUUUAUUUCUUUGUGCUUUGAGUUCUACAAUUAAUGGAGUGGAUUCGUAGAGAGACAAUAGGUCACGGGAGCUUCUCCAUCGUUAGUCUAGCCACUACCUCCGGUAGCUCAACCUCCUUUCCUCCCUUGAUCGCCGUGAAAUCCUCCGGAGCAGUCUGCUCCGCCGCGUUACGCAACGAGAGAGACGUUCUUGACGAUCUCGGCCACUGUUCUGAGAUCGUGCGGUGUUUCGGAGAAGGAACGACGGUGGAGAACGGCGAAGAGGUUUACAAUCUUUUUCUAGAGUACGCUUCCGGCGGAAACUUGGGCGAUAGGAUCAAGAACUCCGGCGAGGGGCUGCCGGAGCUCGAAGUGAGGCGGUUCACGAGGUCGAUCGUUAAAGGGUUGCGUCACGUCCACAAGAAUGGUUACUCUCAUUGCGACGUGAAGCUUGAGAAUGUUCUGGUGUUCGGCGACGGAGGCGUGAAGAUUUCCGAUUUCGGGUUAGCGAAACGGAGGGGUGAGAUCGCGGAUGGGAUCAGAGGAACGCCGCUGUAUUUGGCGCCGGAAGCGGUUAAUCGCGGGGAGUUUGAGUCGCCGGCGGAUGUUUGGGCGUUGGGAUGGUGUGUAGUUGAGAUGUCGAGUGGCAAAACGGCAUGGUGUUUGGAGGAAGGAGUUAAGAACGUAAUGUCUCUGAUGGUUCGUAUCGGUUCGGGAGAUGCCCCGAAGAUUCCGGUAGAGUUGUCGGAGGAAGGGAAAGAUUUCGUGAGGAGGUGUUUUGUUAAGGACCCGGUGGAGAGAUGGACGGCUCAGAUGCUUUUGGAUCAUCCGUUCUUGGCCGUUGAUCAUGAUGAUGAGAGAAGUAGUGGUUCACUGAGGUGUGGCGAUGAAGACGAGGCUUCGGUUUCACCGAGAGAUCCUUUUGAUUUUCCUGAUUGGAACUCGGUUAACGAUUCAGUUACGGUUUGCUCACCGGUUAAUUAUUCACCGUUCAGUUAUUUGGUACGUUUACCAGAGGAGAGAAUCAGUGGGUUAGUUUCCGGGAAUGUACCUGAUUGGUCAGUUUCAUGUGAUUGGGUCAACGUACGUGAGGUUAAAGGGAGUACAGUAGUUUAAAUUAGUGGAGAAAGACCAAGUCACAUGAUGGAGAUAAUUAUGGGUUAAUUAGAGAAUUGACGGUCUUGAUUUAAUCUUUUGUUAAUUAGCUCGUUGACUGUUAAUGAAUAUUAGAUUAUUUUUUAAAGACAUAAGAGUUUUUUCUUACACCAAUCAAUGUGUGUUACACAGAUUCUUACUCGUAAAAGAUAAAAAGUUGGAUUUGUUAUUUGUCGGUUAUAGUUAACUAAUAUGAAAGUGUCAGACGUUGAAGGAUAGAAUAUUUUUUUUGCCACCGACUAAAGUCACCAAACCUUGGAUUAAAUGGACUCGAAGCUUGUUUUAGCACGUGUGAAACGUUCCAAGUGUAAUGAUAUAGCAGGAGCCAUAAGAUCCGAUUUGAUUUUGGGAUUAGAGAAGGCCGUGGAUAGUGUAAAAAGCUGCCGUGCAAGGAACGGUCUCGGUUAGGUUCAGCAAACAGAACCAUUGGCGAGAUUGAGCUAGA